GAAGCUGGCAGAUACCCCGCAUACAAGGAGAUGGUGGCAGAAUACGGCUGGCUGGAAAAGUUAGCCAAUGGAGGCCCUCCACCAUCAUCACAGGGUUCAGACUCCAACUCUUCUGCCUCGUCAUUGUCCUCCACCACCCCUCUCAGUUCCCUCAGUGGUCUCUCCCAGGUCCUCUUCUCUCCUGUCUUUGGCUCAGAGAUGGUAGACAUUGGCAUCUGCACUGAGGACCACUCCCGACGUCCGAGCAGUACUGAUCGAACUGCUGACUCCGCCAUACAGACUGAACCCCAACCUCCAAACUACCAGGACCACCUGUUACCUAAUGGGUCACACCCCGAAAGGCUCUCCACGACAGAAACAAGCCGGACUGUUGGUGCCACAUUAGUGUUGAAGGACACGGUCAUACGUGGGAAAGGAGAAGGGCCAAGGGAGAUGGGAGGAGCUGGAGAAGGUGGACAGGGACGGGUGAAAACGCUGUCAUCAGGGAAGCAGGAAGUUGAGAAACACUCACCAAAGACAGCAGCUCUGAUGGCCCUGAGCAGACCGCGGAAGCCAAUCAGUCGUUCCCAGAGUCACAUCACAGAGUCAGAGGAGAGACAGAAGAAGAAAAGGCAACACAGGGAGAAAAGCUCAGAAGAGGGUAAAACUAGUCUGAAACGCUCCAAAACCUUUGUCAACCUCUUAUUUAAGAAAGACCGCAAAGAGAGGAGUCGCUCCAAGUCGCCGUCUCGCCGUGCAAACAAAGAUAAGGAACGGCGGCGCCCAUUCCACCUCUUGACCUCCCCGAGGGAAUCCCGAGCUGGCAGCCCACUGCCCCGACUCGAGGUCCUGCAGCACGUGGAGGACAUGGCAAAGAAACUGCUCAGUCAGGAUGAGGUGGCUGCUGUGAUGAGACACUGUCGGCGAUUUCUGUCCGACUCUGUGAUCGAGGACUUGGUGCGUCCUCUUCUGGCAAUCUUGGACAGGCCAGAGAAACUGCUGCUUCUCAGGGAAAUAAGAAUGCUGAUACCAAUGACUGAGUUGGGUCGCUUUGACAGCAUGGUCAUGCCUUUUGAGCUGGAAGCGUACGAUAUUCUCAAGAGUCGUUCAUCACGUUCCCCAGCUCUGCGUUCUCCUCGUAGUGGAACUCCUCGUCGUCACCUCAUCACCCCAAUCCCAGACUACAAGGGUGGAUUUUAUCUGCAGCCGGUCCAUGACAGACUGCAUGAGCGCCGGUUGAUCGAGGAGUUGGAGAGACUGUGUGUGACAGGUCAACGGUCUGGCCAUCUCUCGCCAUCCCGUGCCUUCACCCCUCUGCUGGAUGUACCUGUGGACAACUAUGUAUCCUCUGUGCGCUCCCGUUCCCCAAGCCCCUUGCCCACUCACAGCUUCCUCCUCAAAGAAUCCCCACACAGCACUAAACGUGGCCACCAACCCCAUCGAUCCCCAAUCAGAAGAGAGAAUGGGGCGUCGUGGUAUGAUGAGGUCUCCUUGUUGUCCGUGUCUGACCGAGGGGACGGGGCUUAUGAACGAGGGCGGUCACCUGUGAGGAAUGGCCAUGGGAGAGUGAGGAGAGAGGGCAGUCCUGACAGUAUAUAUGGCAGACAGAGCAGGCAAGAGGGCUACACGGAGGUCAGCGUACACGUUCCCUCACAGCGGAGAGGCAGAACCCCUCUGGCUGAGGUAUUUGAUCCCCAGAGGGAGAAGAGCCCGUCCAAGGCCAGUGGGAGUACUCAGCAAGUGAAUGGACACUCACAAAAUGGUCAAAAAGUGAAAGGAAGACAAACUCUACCACCCAAGGAGUGUGAAAUCGCCACUUUGACCAUUUCCAAGGCCAAGCACUCACUGGGUAUUAGUAUCUCUGGAGGUGUAGAGUCUAGAAUCCAGCCCAUGAUAAAGGUUGAGAAAAUCUUUCCAGGUGGAGCUGCAUCUACAAAUCAGGCUUUGAAGGCAGGGUAUGAGCUGUUGUCCGUAGAUGGAGAGAGUCUGGAGGGAGUGACUCAUCAGCACGCCGUGGAUGUAAUUCGGCGUGCAUUCAGCAACAAGGCCAAAGAGCCGAUGGUUUUUGUGGUCAAGGUCCCUAAGGUCUCUACCGACCCCAGCAGCCCCAACAGACUUGCUGACUAAACUCUGUGUGCCUCACAGCCAGGUUGCUGCUCGGGCAUGAAGGACAACAAAACCUGCUGCUCCUCUGGGACUUAAUAAAUACAGGAUUCACCCCAGAAGAAGAAAUAUGGGAUAGGUAGCGCUCCGGUCACAGCGGAGACAAUCAAAGGCAAAGUUAUGACAAAAUAUACCAUAAAGUAUGUCUUGCAUAAAGGUUGCAGCUGGUUUUGAAGACUAAUACAGCUGCAUAUUUGUCAAGAUAAAGGUCACUUUUGCUAUAAUGUAAUGCGAGAUGAAAACCAAAUGUUGCAAUUGUAUGAAUUUUAUAUGAUUCUUAGUUUUUAGAAAAACUUUUACUAAAUGCAUAUGUUGCACGUUUUCUAAAAGACGCUUUUGUGAUAGGAUCGUGUAAUUCAUGAUCUUUGGUUAGAAUAGUGCCACUAUUCAACACGUGGCAACUUUGCCGUGACCUCUGAGCACUGUCUGAUAGUGGAGCCAGUGGUCUGCACUUUUUACUUGAAGCAUCUCAGCCCAGCAGCCCUGCAGGCAUGCCAGAGGGAGAUUACCUCAGCCAGCAUUAUGAGAUUUAUAGAUUUAUACUCAGAUUAAAUCCCUGUAUUAUGUCAAAACUGAUAGUUUGGGUUUAGAGGAUGUCUGGGGAGAUUAUUGCAAAUUGCUGCUCAGUAUUUUUUUUGUGUUGUAUUUCUCUGGCAGAGGUGCCUGUAUUCUGGAGCCAUCCGCCACUUUAGAGGCUUAAUUACACCAUGCUGUGGAUGGAGCUUAUGGAGACAUGUGGAAGAGUUGGAAAAACAUGUCAAUGAGAAAUGCAGGUCCAGUGGCACAAAUAAAAGUCGGGUUAAAGAAAUAUGGAUGGGAGAAAGCAGUGUGCUUAGUGCCUUAAUUCUAUAGAUGGGCAGUCAGAAAAACGCUGAGAAAAUGUUACUCAAGCUUGAUUUUAAUAAGUGAUAGAAACGCUGAAUUGUUUAUAUGCCUGCAUGGAAUUAAAUUCUUA